UAACGUUUUAUUUUUGUCUCUGCUCGGCUGCCGUCGGAGGGUGGAGUGUCACGUGAUCCUCUGGCUUGCGAUAGAGUUCCCGGAACCAACGAGAUCAAAACAAACACAGACAGCAGAAGAUCCGAAGGAGGAUCUUAUUGUUGCAUAUAUACUCCAUUAUAUACUUGUGUCACUUAUGGGAGAUGUGUAGAUGUAAUCAGACUGAACUGUGGAGAUCUAAUGUCAUGUAAAAAUGGCUGAAGCUGUGAGACCAAAAAAAUCAAAGACAAAAUCUUCUGUCAAGUCACAGGAAAAAAAACAGUCUCACAGCUCAAGAAAAGCUGCUGUACCUGUGUUACGAAUCCCUCCUUCCCUUGAACCUACGUCUGAAUUUACAGAUGUUCCUCUCUGUGUUUCCUCUGAGCUGCCCGCUUGUGCACAAGAAACUCUAAAGACACAGCCUUUGGCAGACCAAAAUGAACAAGAGGUGAAGGAUCAAAACAAAGAUGUUUUGUUUGAUAGAUCUGAUGCUGUGGAGACAUCCUCUAACACUGAGGAUACAGCUUCCAAACCCUUAUCACAAGACCCUACGGCUGAACUGGGCCAGUAUUCUGCAUCAUCUCACUUGAGAUGGUGUGAGCCAAAAAUCCUUAGCGCUAAACCUGAGCCGUUGGAUGUUUCAUCCCUUUACCCAUCACUCCCUGUAUCAUGUGUGGAACCCCAGUUCCUGGAUGACAUGUCCUCUGUUACUACUGAUCUAGCACAGACAUCUAUUUUGCCCUUUGUGGUUGAAGCUGCAAGCACAAACCCAGUUGAGCAAAUCAGUCCAGCUCCAGCCAUCCUUUCUUUGGCUGAUCAGGAAUCUUCACCUCCCAGCCUAGUUCCAUUGGAGCUAGCUAAAGUGGAGAGACUCCAGGAAAGGCUUUAUCCAGAGCUGCCUAGAACGUGCCAGAUGGUCCAGCCUUUCACCAGGGAGCAGCUCAGGACAUGGGAGCCAGGUUCCUGGCUGGAAAAUGUCGAACUUCAUGCUUCAGAGUUCCAGGCCUUGGUUCAUCAGGAUGGCCACGAGCUGCACGAGCUGUUGCUGAAUUACUGGAGAUGCCGGAAGCAGCUGGUGCAGGCACAGACUGAGUUGCAGGCGACCAUUUCGGACUGCAAGAGUGCACAGAACCGACUGUGGAGCUUCAAAGAUGAACAACUCACAUUGCAGGGUGUGUGUGCUGACCAGGCCAAGGUGUGUGGCUAUCAUCGCUUCCAGCAGGUGGUCCUGAAUGAGGCAGUAGUAACUGAACUGAAGCAUCUGUUCAAAACCAAGGCUGAUCUUCUACACCAGACCAUAGCCCUACACUCCUAUACCUCAGUCCUGUCUCGGCUGCAGGUUGAGUCUUACCUCUACAACCUGCUCAGCACCAACGCCAUCACCAGAAGUGUGGCUGUGCACAAGAUCGGCCCAGAUGGUCCAAAGUCACAGCUUUCUUCUCUGAAGCCGUUAAAAGAAAGCAUCAGUGUGCUGUUCAGCUUUACUCGUCGGGUUCUAGACGAUGCUCAGUUCCAGGAAGACAUUCACCUGUGGUUGCAGAGAUUGGUAUCUGUUCUUCAUCGAGUGGGCUCAGCAGGAGACCAUCUGUACAUCCUAAACCAUCUGCUGUGCUGUCCUGCGGGAAUCAGGCAAUGGGCCGUGCCCUUUCUACAGAUUAAAGUGCUGGAUAAUCCAUCUGGAGUUUAUCACUUCAUGCAGGCAUUGGCCAUUCUCAUGUCUCCAGUAAAAGACCGGGCUGAUCUGAUGUGCCAUAUGAAACCCUGUGAUGUAAGAAGUAACAACAGCUAUUCAGGUCCUCCAACUAGUAUCUGGACCCUUGUAGAUGAAGGUGGAGAAGAGGAUGAAGACCCAGAGACAAGCUGGCUGCUGUUAUCAGAAGACGACCUCAUUGCUCUUCUUUCUCAGUUUCCAUUUGAUGAACUUUUUAAACACUUACUCGGGAUGUCCUCAAAAGGCAAUUACCAACCCCAAGCCACUACAAGUCAGAAAAUGAUGAAGAUAUUUGCUUUCGGCUCUUCGCUUGUCGAGCUCCUAGCUGUUGGCUUGCAGACCUACAACCGAGCAUGUUACAGACAAUUUGUGAAGAGAAUUGGUCACAUUAUCAGAAUGACUCUGUGCUAUGUGAGCGAUCACUGGGCGCAGUACGUCAGCUUAACUGGUGUGAGCAGAACCACCAUGCAGGAGCAGUCAUUCUCCAUGGAAAAACUGCAGGUGGAGUUUGACCAUCUCUUUCUACGUGCAGUCUUGCAUGUCCUUAAGGCUAAAAGACUUGGCAUCUGGCUCUUCAUGUCAGAGAUGCCGUAUGGAACUCUGUCCAGCUCAAUGCUAUGGAAGAUUUUCUACAUCAUGCAGUGUGCUGAGAUGGAUGGUUUGGACAGGCUGGGCUGCAGUUUGAGUGUAGAAAGCUGCAUCCAGAGCCUUAAAGAACAAAUUCACCAGGAGAAGUUUGAGGCCUGGCUGUCAGAGAUAAAUAGUUCAGAUGGAAUUUGUUUGCUGACAGCGUUUGCUCACAUGGCUCAACCCAAACGCACUGACGCAGACCCAGAGUUUGUUAGGACCAUUGUGCUGGAGAUAUACAAGGUGUCUUAUGUGAGUGUGGCUACACGGGAGAUCUUCUCUAAAGUGGGGAGAGAGUUAUUAGCUGCUAUAGCCACAGCUCACCCUGGUGUCAUUUCCAUUUUGCUUGAGAGGAUGAAGGAGACAAUCGACAAAGUGGGCAUGGUGUCCUUGUACCUGUUUAAGGAGCUUCCCCUGCAUUUGUGGAGCCCGAAUGAAGAUGAGGUUGGAGUCAUUAGGGGUUGGCUGCUGGAUUACAGCCUCACUGCGGUGGAAAAUAAAUUGGCCUGUAUUAUCCUGGAGGGUCUUAACUGGGGAUUCCAGCCUAGUGCUUGCCUUGCUCUGCCUGCUGCUUUACACAGUGAAGUGGCGUUGCUGGUGGUGGAGGCUUAUCAGAAAUACCUCACAGACAAACCGUAUGCUGGGAUCAUCUCAGAAGGCCUCAAGCAGAUGUCAUAUCUAGCCAACAUAAUGCGUCUGGGCCAGACUCCAGAGACGUCCUUUAACCAGUGGGCAUGGGACUUGGCACUUCGGCUUAAGCUCCACACCAGUGAAAGGAAUCCUCAGGGUGCAUGGUGUCCAUUACCUUCCUCCGAUGUGCCUAAUAUUCCGGAGGUCACGGACUCGCCCACCAUGCACCCGGUGUUUAAAGCCAUCAAAGCAGGCAUCCCCAUUGGCUGUUUCCUAGCUUUGGAUAUGACCACCAUUGGGCACAGUUUAGAGAAGUUUUGCAGUGAAGGCAUUCCACUGCUGAAGACCUUGGUUCAGUCUCGCCACCUCAAAGCUGCUAUCCAUGUGCUGGAAAAUAUUCUACCCAUGGUUUACCACUGCCCUUUCUACCUCCUCAAGAAUGAACAAUUCCUGAGUUGUAUCCAGCUGUUUUUGCAGCUGGACAGUGGGACACCCCAGGGUGUGACGCAACAGGUCACACUCAAGGUGGCCCAGCAUCUUAUUGGCACCUCUAGUUGCGAGAACAUUAAGCUUCUUAACAGUAUGAUCCAGAUUCACAUCCAGGAGAGCUCGAAGGUUGGCAGAGUCGGCGCCGUUGCCGUUCUGGAAUUCUGGCUGCAAGUUUUAACCAAGCAGAACCUCUGGUACAGAGACAAACCCAUUGUGUACCUUCUGGACCAUCUGUGUCGUGCUGCUUUCCUCCACCAGCAGGAGGAAUGUCUUCAGAAACUGCUUUACCAGCAGCACAAGAAUGCCCUAGGUUACCAUGGCGAUAAAGGUCUGUUGUCAUCUAUAAUGGGUUGGAUUGUGGCAGGAAAUGUCACUCCUUCCUUUAUCGAGGGCAAUGCUUUGACUAGUGAGGUUUGGCUUGCUUGGCUUGUAUUAAACAUGGAGUCCAUCUUUGAGGAAGACUCUCAGCUGCGACGCUGUGUAGAGCACGAGCUAGUAUCCAACCCUGCUCUCACCCCGGACCAAGCGCUCAAGAAGGCUCAGCUACGCCUGAAGCUGCAUGUGGUGCCAUGCCUACAGAGGCUUAUGAUCUAUCGGUGGGCUCAGCAGGCUCUGGCUACAUCCGCAGAUCAUCCGCUUCUGCCUCUUAUCUGGCAGAAAUUUCUACAUCUCUACCUUCACCAGCCUGGCCCAGAGUUUGGACUGGAAGCUAAAGGUUGCAUUGGGAAGCGUUAUUUCCACAGUGCUGUACACAUCACUCUUCUUAAGGAUCUCAAGCAGCGGCUGGUGGAGGUGUGUGACUUUCACCAUGCAGCUGGUAAGGCCCUGAAAGUACAGAGUCCAUCCAGUGACACUCACGCUGACGGAGAAACUACAACAGGAACCCCUAUAACUCAGUUCAUGACCUCUCCUGAGCUGCAUGUUGAACUGGUUAGGCUUUUUAGUGCCUUUGCACUUUGGAUGGAUGAUGAAAGCAUACAGAAACAGGAAUUGUACUUGCCCUCGCUGCCAAAACAGUAUGAUGCCCAUCGACUAGCCACAAUUAUGCAGGGCCAGCAGGAGCCAUGGAUGGAGUAUAUGGACAUUGAACGAGUUCAGCACGAGUUAAACGAAGUUCUUAACCUGUGGGUAAAAGUCAAAAGUGAACCUUCAUUCUCCCAGAGAAACAGCAGCUCCAUCUUCACCGACUUCAUCAAUCCCCAGGCUGCACGAGAGCGUAUCCUCACUAACCUGAAGAAACAUGAUGCCCCACAGUGUGCACUAAUAUUAGUUCCUAUGAAGGCCCCAGUGCCUGAUAUCUCUACUGGCAGCCUGUCUGAUAUACACACAUCUACUACUCUCAUCCAGGAAGAUCUCACUAAACUGCAGUACCAAGCCAAGUUAGCAGCAGUGCGUGAGACGCAGCAGGUGGCGCUGGACAAUGAGCUUUUGGAGAUUUUGCCUCAACUCUAUACCAACCGUGAGGAGCAGCUCUUAAUGCAGCUGGAAUGCAGUGGUAAAGGAGGGCAGCCAUGCCAGGGUCCUGCACAUAUAACUGUUAAGUAUGCAGGCAUGCACAAAGUGGAACCAGUGCAGAAUCAGAUCCAAUCCCUGAAGAGUGACAUUAAGCAGCUUCAGACAGACGCAGUAAAGCCUCUUCAUCAGAGCCUGGCUGAGGCUGCUGUGCAUACUGAGAACUUCAUAACGACCCUAGUUAAUGCUUACAAGUUGCACCCAUCGCCCGUCAUGCAGAAAGUGGGCAUCGCGGCCUUCUAUCAAAUUGUUUCUUUAAUUUGUGAGGACACACAGAGACACCCGCCCACACGCCAGUUUUUCACUUCCUGUGUGGAGAUCCUGGGGCAGGUCUUUAUUAGGGACUCUCAAGCAGAGUGUAAGCGCAUGUUGAAGACCAUCCUGCAAAACAGACGUCUGUGUAACCUGCUGUCUCCAUACUUUACUCCCAAUGCCUCACCUUCUGAACUGGUGGUUCAGUAUAAAGAAGUGGUGGCAGCUCUCCACGCCGACAGUGGAGACGUCAUUUUCAUGCUCCUGACAAAGUUUGACUUGGUUCAGUGGCUCUCGGCCAGUCAACCAGCUUUCACCGAUCGCAAUCGUUUGAUAGAACUCAUUCAUUUGGCGCUUACAGCUUGUGGCCUACAGCCUGAGCCUGAGGUCCUCAUGCCUUUUAACCUCUUCUGUAAGCACUGGACUCAACUGCUGGUUUAUCAGUUUCCUGACCAUUACAGCGAUUUUCUCCGACUUUUCACACAGAGUAGCUCAGAGCAGCUUCUCAGUGCUGAUUGCUGGAGGGCUUCCCUGAAAGUGCUUGGUUGCACUGUUAACCACAAAGAUAAAGUGUCCAAAGUGUCCUCCACACGUUCGGUCUGUCUUUCUUCUCAACAGGUCAAUGAAACAAUCGAAUGGCUCUCAAACUACUUUCUCAAGCUCCGUCUAUCUAAAGGAGACAUUCGCAGCUUCGGCCUCCUCUCCAAAUGGAGGCCGUACAUUGAAGAAGUCAGGAUGUUCUGGGAGUAUCUUAUCAGUUAUCUCAUUGAUCUAGAGCUGAACAACUGCAGUAAGGAGCCUGUAGGGAGUGCAAGACUUCUCAAAGUUAUUGAGGAACUCUACACAAAAAUGAGCAAACUCUUUAGCCCCUGGAUGUUGGUCCUAGACACAGAUGAUGCGAGCAACCCGCGCUGUUCUCCCUGGCUUGAAUCAGAUACCACAGUAGCUGUCAGUCUGCUCAGCCUAUACACAAAAUUAACUGCGACAUUGCAAGACAAAUUCAAAGAUCGCCUGUUGCCAGGACAAAAAGGUGCCCUGUGGCUACAUCUCAUGCAUUACUGCAAGACCUGCACCUCUCCGAAAAUGCCCGAAUAUCUCCUGUAUAAUUAUCACACUGAGUACAGCCAGCUGCUAUGGAAAGAUCUUUAUCCAGACCAGGCACUUAUGAACCAGUUUUUCAAUGUGGAAAGAGGAAGUCCAAAGAGCUGUUUCCUGUUCAUGGGUGAAGUUCUUUGUAAAGUCAACUGGAUCAGCGUGUUAAGCGAUGCUAUGAGCCCACAGCCUAGUCCUGAUGCACACUUGAUGGUGGUCUAUCUUUUUUACCUGAUGGUGUUCUUAGCCAAAGAGGACCAUCUUAUUAGCAAACCGGAUUCCCCUCUUAUAAGUCUUCUUGGCCAGUCAACAUCUUUACCCUGGCACCUCAUAGACAUCUCCUCAUACCAAAAUGUCACAGGCUAUGUGAGCACACACUACCAAGCUUCCCUUGUUCUCAGCCAAGAGACCUCUUCCCAAUUAGUAGUUAAACUCCUCAAGAUGGCUGCCGGUUUUGGAUCGUCCUUAGAUGGAUUACAUCACAAGGACAUGACCUUAAAGUGCCAAGCUUUCCUCCGUCUGAUGGUGCAGUUCCUGACUUCUCUGGAUCAGAAUGGUAACAUCAGUCUAGCCUCGCUAGAAACCGAGAUGGAGAGGCUUUUGGAGUACAUUGUCAUUUUCAACCCACCUGAAACGGACCUUCAGCAGAGACACAUGGCCACCUGCAGUCUGUUUGCUGAGAUGUUGACCCUACUGAAUGGAGCAAGUGUGUCCACAGCGGAGCAGCUUGGCACAAAACUUUAUUCCUGGGUAGAGAAAAAGGCUCGAAGUCCCCUGGUGUUGCCUCUACUCACUGCUGCUUGCAGAUGCCUGGCCUCUGUGCGCCAUAUGACUCGCACCUCUGAGGCCUGCAUACUAUCCUAUUUUACGGAUGGUGGCUGUGUGGAUCAGUACUCUGGCUGGGGGCCGAUUCUGGGUUCUCUUCAGGUUCCUGAACUCACCGUGGAGGACUUCAUCCAGGAGAGUCUGGCCCUCGGCAGCUACCUCACACUCUACGUCUACAUCCUUCAAAAGCUCAACAUGGAGCAAACGCUAUUUAAUGAGAAAAAGACUUUGAUGUUGCUCAACUCAUGGAUCCACCACGUUUUUCCAAAUGGUAAAGCAGAUGAAGCCAAGGUGUUCCUGUGGUGGCACAAAGCCUUGCACCUGCUACAGGUCCAGGUGGAUCAGGGGGACCCUUGUGGAUUAGACACUCUAGUGCUCUCCAUGAUAUCCUUUCAGAACCAGCUAGCCCAGCUGGGAGAGGAGAGGAUCAACUCAGGCAUCCUGGGAGCCAUCGGCCUUGGACGCAAGUCACCGCUUUCAAACAGAUUUCGAGUUGUUGCUCGUAGCAUGUCAGCAUUCCUUCUGGUACAGGUGCCUUCAGAAAGCCAGUUACGCAUCCACGCAGGAACAGAGCUGCAGCUCUCCUUGAAAGCCCAACAGGCUGUGACAUUCCUGGAGGCCAUGUUGAGUAAUAAGCAGUAUUCGGAGAUGCAGCAGACCUUAAACCAAGUCUGUCAAUUUAUCAGAUACCCAGGUCACUGUCUGCGUGACAGCAACCGCCUUUUAUCCCUGCUUGUCAACUCGCUGUACCCAGAUCUGCAUUACCUGGACAUCAUGCGCUAGUGAGGUCUGAAUCACAGACUUAUCAACCAAGUGCACUGGAAAGCGAGCACAGCAGGCUGUAACUGAAUCAUUUGUGCUUUAAGGGAGGUUCGUACCUAAAAAAAAAUUGUCUGUAAGGUAAUCCAGAAGUGUGUAAUGGUGUUUUCCUCACUCCCAUUUAGCACCUGCCUCUCUUUUCAUCUUUCCAUUUUUUUUUUCAUUAGUUUUUCUUCAUUGAAAUCAGUCAUCAGAACAAUUCUCAAGCCUUAACUGAAUGUUCCCUGUACUGGACUGAUGAUGUAUACAGAUGUUCUACAAAACUUUAAAUUCUUUACCAGACACCAUCAGUAUUUAAUUUCACCAUUUUCCUGCAGUGAAAUGGACAAGAUUUUGGCCAAACCUGAGAGAAAAAAAAUAUGAUUUUUCUCUGUCAAUCAGAGCCUUGAGUUAGAUUUGAUAGUACUGUGUAAUGGAAUUGAAUCAUAGUUGUGUAAAAUUGCCUCUUUAUGUUUGAAUCACUAACUAAUGUGGUGAUUUAGGGCCAAAUAAAUGCCAAACCUAUCGUGGCAGUCAUAGUGGCAAUUUCCAAAACUGGAAAAACUGAAUAAUGCAGUUCCCUGAAAUGCAGGUGACAAAUUUCAACAUGUGCUACAGAUUCAGCUCUAGUAUGAGAUGUAUGUACAGAUGUUGUUAUUAAUCUAGCAUAUUGUAGGUUUAUAUGUUUUUCGGAGUAGUCAUGAAGGACAUACUAGAUUACUAAAUGAAGUGAAAUGGAAUGAGUUACCUCACGUAUAUGUUUCACGUUCAGAUUUCAUCUUGCUCUGGUUUGUAGUAAGUAAAUACUAUACGAAUUCACAACUGGUGAAGAGGUUUAGGAUAAGCUUGUUUUUGCCACAUGAAUUAUUCAGCACUUUAAAGACUUGGGGAAACAUUGUGUUAUGCUGGAUGCAGUCAGAAGUCUGGAUGCAGUUCAUAAAGAUAUCAUGCAGACUUUUAAGAUUUUCAGUAGUGUGUUUUAAUACCUUUUCUGUUUUAUUCUUCGAACUAGAUUUUAUUUAAAACAUUCAUAAUUGAAAUUUAAAGAUUGUUAUAUUUAUGCUGAUGCACUUUUAUGUUUGAUGAAUUGAACUUCCUUUGGAUGAGAGGAAAUAAAAUUGAGGUGAUGGAAAAGGUC